AUGGCUGAAAUCACUCCUCUCACUUUUCGUUGGGGAAUCAUUUCAACAGGAAAUAUUGCUGCAGCGUUCGUUAAAGACUUGUUGAUAGAUCCAAAAACCCGCGGUGUUCAUGAUGUUGUGCACAAAGUUGCCUCUGUUGGGUCUCGUUCCGUAGAGAAAGCCAAAGAAUUCAUCGACCGGUUAACUGGAGGAGACAAAUCUAUCAAAGCCUUUGGCACUUAUGAGGAGGUAUAUGCGGACAAGGACGUCGAUGCUAUUUACAUCGGUACUCCACAUACCUACCACUAUACGAAUGCGUUGGAUGCAAUUAAGGCUGGAAAACACGUUCUCUGCGAGAAGCCUGUCACCUGUAAUGCCGCUGAACUUCGAGCUUUGAUAACUGCGGCAAGAGAACACAAUGUUUUCUUCAUGGAAGCUGUGUGGACUAGGUUCCAACCUCUUAGUCUUGAGGUCAAGAGGAUCGCAGAGGAGGGAAGCCUCGGACUGCCUGUUCUGCUGCAUGCUGAUUUGUCUGGAAACUUCGGGAUCCACGACAUCCCCGUCACCCAUAGGAUAUUGGAUCCGAAUUUGGGCGGAGGGGCUUUGCUUGAUUUAGGUCCUUACCCGCUCUUUUGGGCAAUCCUCGCUCUCUACGAGAACCCGGCGAACGGCUUCUCUGCGCCAACAAACAUCUCAGCAAGCAUGCUCAACACACCUCUCACACCUGUCGACAGCAGUACGGUCUUCAAUCUCACGUUCUCAGCUUCGAAACUGGCCGCGCAAGCCUCUCUCAGCUGUAGCAUCACAUUGAAUGCUCUUGAGACAGGUGUCACUAUCCGGUUUGAGCACGGUACCAUCUUGAUACACAGUCCCAUCUACUGCCCGAAGUCAUUCAAGGUACAGUAUUUAGGAAAGAACGGUAAGGUCACGAAAGAGGAAACGCGAAACUUUGAUUACGUGGGCGGGGGCUGGCACUUCCAGGCUGACGAGGUAGCAAGAUGUGUCAGGGACGGGAAGAAGGAAAGUGCGCUUUGGGGACACGAUAAGAGUCUGUUGGAGAUGACUGUCUUUGAUGAGGUCCGACGACAAGGAGGGUAUAAGUUCCCAGAGGGCGUCGAGAAAGUUGUGGCUUGA